UAUACGCCAAGCAGGUUGUUGCUUAAAUACCCUUUCUCCGCGCAAACUUUUUAUCCAAAAUCUACUUCAAGUAAGCUCUAUCUUGGGUCGGGAGGGAAUUGAAACCCCAAUCAAUUAGGGUUUUUUGCAGCUGUAAUUUACAAGGAAGAUGAUCGAGGUGGUGCUGAACGACAGGCUUGGGAAGAAGGUCAGAGUGAAGUGCAACGAGGAUGAUACAAUCGGCGAUCUGAAGAAGCUGGUCGCGGCUCAGACUGGAACCCGGGCCGACAAGAUCCGAAUCCAGAAGUGGUACAAUAUCUACAAGGACCACAUCACUCUCAAGGAUUAUGAGAUCCAUGACGGCAUGGGCCUUGAGCUCUACUACAACUAAACCUUAGUAAUUUCACCCUCUUAACCCUCCUUUAUGUGUUUAUACGUAUGGGUACUCUCGUGUGUGGAUUGGUCGUAAUUGAAGUUUCAUAGUGUUCUAUGGAUUUUCAUAUGUUGUAGUAAGUAAAUUUUUGGGUGAUUGUUUUGGAUUUUUCGAUUGUGUGUUUAUUUCUCUGGAAUUGUCGAAUUAGUAUGUGCUGUGGAAUUUGGAAUUAGGGCAAGGGAGAAUUUGAAUAAUACUGUACUUUAAUGGAAGUGGAAAUAAAGAUUGUUUUUCUUGUAGA